AUGGAUCUCGUCAGCACCCUCGCCGGCAAGAUAUGGGUGUCUGCUGGCUCUAUCACUUUGCUGUAUCAAUUCUAUUUCGAUGUCAUCCGAGGGGAAGAAUGUGUUUGGAAGGUUGAGGAGAAGCAUAAAAAAUAUGGCAAGAUGGUCCGGGUAGUAUUGCACAUCAAUGGCCCUGAGUGCCUGGACCAUGUAUUCGGCACAGCAGGAAAGAGACGUGAUAAAUACAAGCUCACGACAAAUGGGCUUGAAGUUCGAGGGGCAGCAAUUGGGACGGUUCCCCACGAUCUCCGCCGAAGUCGGCGCGCUCCCAUGAAUCCCUACUUCUCGAAGCAAAGUAUCCAACGUUUGAAGCCUAUUCUCCAGCGGACUUUGAAGAAAGUUUUGGGUCGCUUGGCACAGAAUGCGGGGUCUGCUGGGCCCAUUGGGAUGCAGCUUUUACAUGCUGCGACCACCACCGACAUCACUUCCGAUCAUUGUUUUGGACAGAAAGGGGCAAAAGUGUAUCAUCAACUGAGCAUAAUCUCCUGGUUUCAUUCACUCAUCAAGUCACUUCCGCUCAGUGUUGCGAUGUUCCUGUUUCCAGUGAUCAAGGGGACAGAAGGGGAAAUGGCACCGACCAUCUUCCGUGGUCUCCUCAGCAUUGCCAAUCUUUCGGAAUCAGAAACUACUCCUAGACCUGGUGAUGAAACUUGCAUUCUGCUUUCAGCGGGAAGUGAUACCACGGCCAACACUUCUGCGGCCAUCACAGUUGGAGACAGCAUACUAGAUCCUAAGACCACCAUGCCUGAAUUAUCUCAAAUCGAGGGUCUUCCAUAUCUGACAGCUAUUAUACAGGAAGGCCUUCGACUUUACCCAAGCGUGAGCUUUCGACAGGAUCGAGUGACUCCCGAUGAAGACCUCUUUUACCAGGAUGCAAGAGUGGGAAAAAAUAUAUUGUUCCGAAAGAGCACGACAGCUCUGCUGUUGAGCAGGAACCAAGAGUUUUAUCCAUCGCCAAUGACUUUCGAUCCUAACAGAUUUCUCAAGAAUCCAAGACUUGACCGAUAUCGACUUAGCUUCUCACGAGGAUCUCGAAGGUGUCUUGGUAUUUUCAAGAAAUACAAUUUGUACGGUGGAAAUGAAAAGCAAAGCAGUCCAAGUUUGGGGUUGUUUGAGGCCGACAGAGAGGAUGUGGAUAUGAUUUUCAAUAUCUUAAUCCCUUUUCGGAAGCAAGGGAGUCUGGGAGUUAGACUAAGAGCUAGAUGA